CAUGUUUUGGCCAAAUAUUUGCCAAUCAUUUCCAUAUAAAAGCAAUGAUUUAAGCGUUCAUUCAAUUCACUUCUCGUUUAACUUUCAAUCGUUUCGCAAAUUAAAGCAAUUUUUAUGUUUUUAUUGUAGUUUUUAAUUGGAUUUUAUAUAUAAAUGUUGUUUUAAUACAAAUGUCCGCACAAAUGGAUGUCAACUCUUCGCUAUCACUAUUGGGAUCAAUUGGUUGGUAUCAGCUGUACGUGUAUUUGCUGUCAUGUGUGCCCGUAAUCAACGCCGGAGUUGUUAUGCUGUCUCUGGUCUUCCUCUCCGCUACUCCUAAUCACCGAUGCUUUGUUCCCAACUGUGAUUCAAUGGGACUGAAUGUCAACUUCUUCGAGACGUUUGUGUCUCAAUCCAUACCAAAGACGUUGAGCUCUUUCGUGGCGUAUGAAUCGUGUCAUCGAUUUAAAGCAUUUAACGAUUCAAUGGCCAGAAAUGAUGCCAAACAUGAAUGUGAUAUCAAUUGGUUCACAAAUGAGACCGAAAGUUGUGAUGAUUUUGUUUUCGACACAAACCAGUUUCGGUCUACUGUUGUCACAGAGUUUAAGAAAGUGUGCGACAAGUCGUGGGAGAUGUCAUUGAGUCAAUCUAUAUUUUAUUUGGGAGUACUUACCGGUGCUUUCGUUUUCGGAGUCUUUGCCGAUCGUUACGGGCGUCGGUCAGUGUUUAUGGUGGCGCCUAUACUCGGCUUCUCUACCGCUCUCUUCUCAUCAUUUGCUCCCAAUUUCCUAAUGUUUACCAUAAGCUCAGCCGUGACGGCCGCCUGUAUUGCAGGCAUGUAUCAGACGGCCUUCAUUAUAGGCAUUGAGUUCGUUGGCGGCCAAUGGAGAGUGUGGUGCGGAAACCUUCAUUCUGCACUGUUCGCAGUCGGGGCCGCAAUCCUAUGCCUUAUGGCCUAUUAUAUACGCGAUUGGAGAGAAUUGCAGUUUGUUAUCGCACUUCCCAUCGCAUUCACGCUCUUUUAUCCCUGGCUUUUCCCGGAAUCGGUUCGUUGGCAGGUAUCCAAUGGGCAGAUGUCUAAAGCAAUUAAGACAAUCAGAAGAGCUGCCAAAUGGAACAGUGUUUACAUUCCUGAAGAAUAUUUGUACGCUUCCGAAGACUCACACUUCACGGGCAAUACUUCACGACAAACGAGCAAAUCAAAACAUUUUGGACCAUUGGAUAUACUUAAGCACCACAUUAUCCGUGUUUGGGCUUUCAAUUUAUUCUUCAUUUGGUUUACGACUUCACUCGUCUAUUAUGGCCUUUCGUUUCAAGCGUCAAAUAUUGGGUCCAAUAUUUACAUCACGUUUGGUUUCCUAGCGUUAGCUGAGAUACCGGCCAUUAUAUUGUCCACAAUUGCAAUGCAAAUCUUUGGUCGCAAAAUAGUUUUAUGUUUUCUGUUAAUAGUGGGCGGAAUAUCGUGUAUAAUACCGGUAUUUCUACCCGAGUCUUACAGCGCGUACAUCACAGUGUGUGCUGUAUUUGGCAAAAGCAAUAUCGCGGCCGCCUUUUCACUCAUUUAUGUCUAUUCUGUUGAGAUAUUUCCCACUAUUUUGCGGAGUUCUGGUCUCGGAAUGUGUUCAAUGAGCUCAAGAAUUGGCGGAAUUCUCGCUCCACAACUCAUAGGACUUUCAGUAUUUGGCAAAUCGUUUCCAUUACUGAUUGCGGGUUUGGUGUCUGUGGUCGCCGGCCUUCUAGUCGUGAAUUUGCCGGAAACACAUAACAGACAAUUACCCGAAACACUGGAAGACCUGCAGUUCCUCAAAGAUGGCAAUAAAGAAGUGUCCUUUAAAUUGGGUUCAAAACAGAGUUGCAGUCGAAUGGAUGACAAAGAAGAAAGAGUCAAACUCUUGUCUGAUCACGAAAUUUAGACAAUGAUUUGUACUGUAUUUAGAAAAGUGAUCGCAAUAUUGGUUCCCAGAAUUGACAGUUUUGAAUGAUAUCGGGAUUAAAACCAUUGUUCCCUUUGUAUCGAUCAAAGAAGGUUUGGCCCAAAUUCUUGUCAUUCAGUUCUAUGUAAUUGAGACUCACGUCUCGCAUAUCUCCCGU